AGGCAUGGGCAUGUCAUUUACAGAAUUGUUGAUGUCUACUCAAAUUCCAUUAACAUCUCAGGACUAUUUACAAAGAAAUGUCAAUACAAUGGUAGAGCCUAUGGGAGCAGAGAACAAGACAUUUAUGAUAACGGGAAGGUAUGCAAGUUCACAGUCAAUGCUACUGGAUGUCGAAGAAGAAGAAGAAGAUCGUCCAGUACAGUUUGGUGAUACAGAUGAGGAAGAACAUGAUGAUCAAACAGGCUUUCAUAAUGAGAAUGCACAUGAUGACAGCGAAGACAAAUUUUACAAUUGGCAGUUUGAUGACAACAGUUACAAAGAUGAGACAGCAGGAGGCAAAGAUCAACAUGUUCCAGACCAAGAUAACAACUCAGACUCGGACAACGAUGGUACUUACAGCAAACAAAACAAAGAUAAUAACUCAGACUUGGACAAUGAUGGUACUUACAACAAACAAGAAGGUGAAGAAGCAGUUGAUAUGGACAUGCCUGACGGAGUAGAACAGCUCACUCCUCAAGAUAUCCGCAUUUUUCUCGAGAAUGAGAGUGUUACUGCAGCAGUAAAAGCAAGUCAAGAAGUUGCUGGCCAUCAUGCUCUGCACUUAAACAUGUCUUUUAAUACUGAUGAUGAAGCAUACAAUUUCUACAAUGAAUAUGCUUCAAUAUGUGGAUUUUCAGUGAGAAAAGCUGGAAACUACAAGGACAAGAGGAAAACUUUCACAUGCAACAAGUUUGGAAAAGUAGUAGAGGAUGACGUCUUGGAGGACAGAAAGAAGAAGAAUCAAGAGAGAAAAAUUGCAAAAGCAGGAUCAGGACCUCCACCUAGAACAAGAAAAAGAAGAAGGAAUGUCAACCCUGUUACAGGAUGUAAAGCAAAAUUGGUUGUUACGAAGAAAAAUGACAAGUGGUUUGUGACUAACAUAGAAUUGCAUCAUAACCAUGAGCUAUCUCCUCCAGAAGAGACCAAGUUUCUACCAUCUCACAGACACAUGACAGAUCAAGAGAAGCUGUUCAUUCGCACUUUCACUUCUGUGAAGCUGCCAACUAGAAAGAUAAUGGCAAUACUGACAUACUUAAGAGGCGGGAAGCCAAAAAAUGUUCCAUACAACAAGAAGUAUGUGAGCAAUGUUAUGACUGCUAUGAGACUAGAAGAUAACAGAAAUGAUAUGAUGAAGGUCCUUGCUUAUUUCAGGAAGAGACAAGAAGAGGACCCUAGGUUCUACUAUAACUUUGACCUGGGAGAGGGAAAUAAGGUGAAAUGCAUACUUUGGUCAGAUGGAUUUUCUCGACAGAUGUAUGAUUUAUAUGGUGAUUGUUUGAGCUUCGACACAACAUACAAGACUAACAAGUAUAACCUUCCAUUCGCUCCUUUUGUGGGCGUGACAGGACAUGGACACAAUUGCUUGUUUGCUUGUGCAAUAAUAAAUACUGAACAAGCUGAUACCUUUGAGUGGCUUUUCAGAGAAUUUCUUGCUUGUAUGGGAGGGAAACAUCCCAUGACAAUAAUCACCGAUCAAGAUGCUGGAAUGGGAAAAGCAAUACCUUUAGUUUUCCCAAACAGUUGUCACAGAAACUGCUUUUUCCAUAUCAAGAGAAAAUCAGAAGAAAAGUGCGGAGGAAGUUUUGGAAGAAUACCAAACCUACAUGCAGAUUUCUCUGAUAUUCUACGAAACUCGCAAACAAUUUCUGAAUUCGAGCAGUUGUGGCCAGAAAUGAUAGACAGAUACAAUGUAGGUCACCUCAAGUACUUGGGAAUUAUGUGGAAAAAUAGAGAUAAAUUUGUGCCUGUGUACUACAAGCAUAACUUUUUACCAUUCAUUCAUUCCACUGCUAGAAGCAAAGGCACUAAUGCAAUCUUCAAGGACAAUGUGGGAUCUACAUAUAGUGUCAUCAGUUUCUUGGGAGAGUACCAGAAAAUAUCAGAAAAUAUUGAAGAAUUGGAAAGAGAGCAAGAUUCGGUAACAAGAACAACAGAUCCUGACUAUUGGGUGGGCACUGAGCUUGAACUUCAAGCUGGCCGAAUGUACAACCGUAAGAUUUUCUAUAGGUUUCAAAAGCAAAUCAAGUUCACAACGAAAUUGCAUAUUCAAGAGAUUGAAAAGUUUGUGAGAUAUGAGGUCUACAAGACACCGAUGCUUCAGCUGCAAGAAUUCAGGUCGAGGAGAUACCUUGUUUCAGUAAACCUUGCACAACAAGAUUUUGCCUGCAUAUGCUGCAAAUUCGACAAGGAUGGAAUAGUAUGUGCACACAUACUAAGGGUCCUUGUGCAUUUUAACAUUUCGGAGCUACCUGAAAAAUACUACAUCAACCGGUGGAAGCCAAAAUAUAGAAAAAUAAGAAGGGAAAACCAGGUCAUGCCAAAUGAUGAAACAACAAGCAACAAACAUCUUAGAUAUUGUGUUCUAUCUCGAAAAUUGAACAACAUUGCUUCUGAAGGAUCUAUCAGUGAUCGAAAAUACUCAUUUGUGCUGGAGGAAAUAAAGAAGAUGGAAGACAGACUUGAUGAGAUGACUAGAGAACAUGACAUUGAAGAAAUUCAGAAAAAACAGCAAGGCAAACAGCCUGCUGAAAUCCAUUUUGAACCGCAUAAAGAUGGUUUCCCUGACUUCCUACAAGAUCCCGAUGUUGUACCAUCAAAAGGCCGCCCGGAAAGUUCAAAAAGGCAAAAAAACAUUUAUUGAAGAGCUACUUUCCACAAACCAAAUAACUUGCAGCCACUGUGGCUCUCAUGCACACUACAUAGCAACAUGCACUUUCAAACACCUACCAAAGAGUUCUUUUGAGAACAAAGAGAGAAAGAAGAAGAAGAAUACUG